CCCCAAGGUUGGCAGAGGCGACGCUCCGCGACCCGGGUGGCCGCGUAGCAUUCUGGGAAUUGUAGUUCGAUGCAGGUUUAGGGUUUCAGGCGUGGGCUCCAAAAUCCAAGGUUUGACCUCCGCCUGCCCUUGCUAGUGUCGGGGCCACAAGUGAGCCGUUAUUGGUCUCCGUUAAGGACCAUUACCAUUCCCGGAUAGACAGAGGUUGAAUAAAGGCUAAUGAAGCAUGACCAAGGAAGAAGGAUAGUAGGGAAUGAAGGUGCUGCUUUCUGUGGACCCUGCCAUUCUUGCAGUUCAAAGCUUAAGCAGGUCCUUCUGGCGUUCCUGCAGUGGACUGUCCCAAUCUGCCGAUCUCGCCUUUCUCCAGUGAUUCCCGGCUCCUGGUUGUGUAGUCGCGCUGACCUCCCUCUUUCCUGGAAGAUGUUCCUGGUGGGCCUGACGGGGGGCAUUGCCUCAGGCAAGAGCUCCGUGGUUCAGGUGUUCCAGCAGCUGGGCUGCGCUGUGAUCGAUGUCGACGUCAUUGCCCGGCGUGUCGUCCAGCCAGGAUACCCCGCACACCGGCGCAUCGUGGAGGCCUUUGGCACUGAGGUCCUGCUGGAGAAUGGCGACAUCAACCGCGAGGUCCUGGGGGACCUAAUCUUUAACCAGCCAGACCGACGGCACCUGCUCAACGCCAUCACCCACCCUGAGAUUGGCAAGGAGAUGGUGAAGGAGACCUUCAAGUUCUUCCUCCAGGGAUACCGCUACGUGAUUCUGGAUAUCCCCCUGUUGUUUGAGACCAAGAAGCUGCUCAAGUACAUGAAGCACACAGUGGUGGUAUACUGUGACCGGGACACGCAGCUGGCAAGGCUGAUGCAUCGGAACAACCUGAGCCGCGAGGACGCAGAGGCCCGAAUCAAGGCCCAGCUGCCCCUGAAGGACAAGGCGCGCAUGGCCCGCCAUGUUCUAGACAACUCGGGCGAGUGGAGUGUCACCAAACGCCAGGUCAUCCUCCUGCACGCCAAGCUGGAGCGCUCCCUGGAGUACCUGCCACUGAGGCUCGGGGUCCUCACAGGUCUGGCUGUCCUUGCCAGCCUCCUCUACCUGCUCACCCGCUACCUUUUGCCUUCCCCCUAGCUGGGACCGCCGAGGCAGGAAGCCCCCACCUCAAGUUCCUCAGAGCCAGAAGCUAGGUAACGAAUCAUCCUAUUUCCUCCCAACCCCCUCAACACACACACACACACACACACACACA